UUUUAAAGAAUUACAGACUUCUUGCUUUUUCAGUUGAGAGAGAGAGAGAGAGAGACCUGGGUUCGAUCGAGAGCUAUGGCGGAUAUUCAUGGAGGCGCGUCACUGCCGUCGGGUCCAGACGCGAAGAAGAGGCGCGUCAGUUACUUCUACGAGCCAACUAUCGGAGACUACUACUACGGUCAAGGACAUCCGAUGAAGCCUCACAGAAUCCGUAUGGCUCACAACCUCAUCGUUCACUACGGCCUCCAUCGACGCAUGGAGAUCAACCGCCCUUUCCCGGCGGACCCCGCUGACAUUCGUCUUUUCCACUCCGACGACUACGUCGAUUUUCUUGCUUCCGUCUCUCCGGAGACACUGGGCGAGCACACCUUCUCUCGCCAUCUGAAGCGCUUUAAUGUCGGAGAGGACUGCCCUGUCUUUGACGGACUUUUCGGAUUCUGUCAAGCUUCCGCUGGCGGCUCCAUUGGAGCUGCUGUCAAGCUCAACCGUGGCGAUGCUGAUAUUGCUCUCAACUGGGCUGGUGGUUUGCACCACGCUAAGAAGUCUGAGGCUUCUGGUUUCUGUUACGUCAAUGAUAUUGUGCUCGGUAUUCUUGAGUUGCUCAAGGUUCACAGGCGUGUACUUUAUGUGGACAUUGAUGUGCACCAUGGAGAUGGUGUUGAGGAAGCAUUUUACACCACUGACAGAGUGAUGACUGUGUCUUUUCAUAAGUUUGGGGAUUUCUUCCCUGGGACUGGUCACAUUAGAGACACUGGAGUGGGCAUUGGAAAGAACUAUGCACUGAAUGUUCCUCUUAAUGAUGGAAUGGAUGAUGAGAAUUUUCGUGGUCUUUUUCGGCCUAUCAUUCAAAAAGUCAUGGAGGUUUACCAGCCCCAUGCCGUGGUUCUGCAAUGCGGAGCAGAUUCUUUAUCUGGUGAUCGAUUGGGGUGCUUCAACUUGUCUGUCAAAGGCCAUGCUGAUUGCCUCAGAUUUCUGAGGUCUUUUAAUGUCCCUCUGAUGGUCUUGGGUGGUGGAGGAUACACAAUACGGAAUGUUGCUCGUUGCUGGUGCUAUGAGACAGCAGUUGCAGUUGGAGUGGAACCAGAUAAUAAGUUGCCUUAUAACGAGUACUAUGAGUACUUUGGCCCAGACUACACGCUUCAUGUUGAACCGUGCAACAUGGAGAAUCUAAACACUCUCAAAGAUAUGGAGAAGAUAAGGAAUACUUUGCUGGAACAGCUUUCUAGAUUACCACAUGCCCCUAGUGUACCUUUUCAGACAACACCACCUACCACAGAAGUUCCAGAGGAAGUGGAAGAAGAUAUUGAUCAUAGACCAAAACACCGAAUUUGGAAUGGUGAAAAAUAUGAUUCUGAUCCUGAUGAAGAUGAUGAGGAGAAGCCUCCUCGGAAUAGAAGCUUCAGUAAUGUUACUCCUGUGGUUAAAAAUGAGAUGAGGGAUGUUAAAGAUGAAGAAAUGGAAGAAUAGAAAUCCACAGAUAAUGAAAUUCACUGUCUUCGAUUUCCUCGUCCCCAAAAUAUUGUAGGGUUAGGCGGGGACUCUAGUUUCAGAAAAAACAAAAAACAAAGAGUCACUGUCUUCGAUUGACACAAUCACUUGGGAAAUUUCAAUAACCUUUGUCAAGAUAAUAGCUAUACAAAACUUUUGUCAAUCACUUGGUUGGAAGUUGCAUGAAGCUACUGAUGCCAUUGUCUGUAAAGCCCGUUUGUCACAAAAAUGACCUCAAAAAAGAAUGCUUCUUUUACUAAACAGGUGCCAAUACUUGUAGUAAGCAGAGACAAAUAUCAUAGAAUCUUUAUGAUACAUAGGGCUAAUUUUUCUUGUGCAUUUGUGUAUGGUUUAGCUGUCUGAUCUUGUUGGUACCUAUGAACACUUUUUUCCUUGGAACAUUCUCUCUUACUGAAGAGGCUUGACAAGUUGGUAUUCUGGAAAGAGAAAAAAAUUGAAUGGGAGUUUUGUUUUAACUUGA